AUGGAACAGUUAAAUCAAACUACAUCACUUAGGUUCAUCCUACUUGGGUUGUCUACUGACCCUUUCCUACAAGUUGUCUUCUUCUUCAUAUUUUUGAUAAUGUAUAUUAUUACCAUAUCAGGAAACCUUCUGUUUAUCAUCAUUGUGAGAAUCAAUCCAAGUCUUCACAGCCCCAUGUUCUUUUUCCUGACUAACCUCUCUAUGAUUGACAUCAUCUUCUCCUCCUCCAUUGUUCCUGUCAUCCUAAUGAACACCUUGUCCAAAGACAAAAGUAUUUCUUUAUUGGGGUGUGUGACACAGAUGUUAUUCUCUCUUGCUAUGGGUGCUACAGAAAUUUUAAUACUUGCCUUCAUGGCCUAUGAUAGGUUUGCUGCUAUUUGUAGACCCUUGCAUUAUAACACCAUAAUGAACAAGAAAUUGUGUUUUUUCUCAGCUGCAGUAUCAUGGAAUGUCGGAUUUAUGAACUCUACUUUGCAGGUGAUCCUCACAUUUCAACUCCCAUUCUGCAAUAGUUUCAACACCAACCACUAUUUUUGUGAGGUACCUGCUUUCAUACGAAUGUCUUGUGGAGAUACCUUUCCUAAUGAGUUGUCUAUAUAUAUCACAGGAACAAUUCUUGCUAUUGGUUGCUUCUAUCUGAUCCUAAUUUCAUAUAUUCAUAUUAUCUCUGAGGUUCUGAAGAUUAUUUCAUCGGAAGGGAGGCAGAAGUCUAUCUCCACAUGCGCCUCCCACCUCACUGUUGUCACCCUCUUCUUUGGGACUCUUAUGGUCAUGUAUCUGCGGCCACACUCAAAAAAAUAUACUAAUUACUCUGGUAACCCCGACAAGAUAGUGCCUAUUCUUUAUACAACCGUAACCCCAAUGUUGAACCCUUUCAUAUAUAGCAUAAGGAACAAGGAUGUGAAAAACACUCUUUUCAAUCAAUUGAACAGGAAGAAACGUUACUAA